GAGUGCGCCGGGGUGGGAGGCAACACAUGCCGAGCACAAUCAGGGAUGGGACCCACGUCUGCAGCUGCACCUGGACCUGCUGCUCGUCAGGAGGAAGAAGAAACAAGCAAGAAAAGAAAUUGAGAGAAGGGGGGCGAGGGGCGAACUCGCCAGCAUCAGUCUAAUUUAUACACUCCUUCAAAGAAGUCCGUUCUUCGCCAGCGAGGGAUUAAAUAAAAAAGCCUAGGCGCAGACCUUCGGGCAAUUGCACAAAGAUCCGGAAAGAAGUCUAGAAAUUAAAAAAAAAAAAACAGAAACACGCACGCAGGGCUCGGUGGAUUUCGCGCAGAGCGGCCAUCUCAGCUGGAAGCAAUUUUUUGGAUUGUUUUUUAAAUGCAUCUAUGGAGUUACUUUGUAUCUACUCCUGAAAGGAGGGUAUCAUCUUCGGAUCCUAGGAGAGGGGUCGUUCUCCCUUUCCGCAAUGGUACCGGGUUAAUCUUUGCAAAGGGAGAUUCCGUAAGCGGUGCCAUUUCUGGAGCAUCUUUCGCUACUCCUCUUUGGUAGCCCGACGGACAUUCUCAACUCUUGGAGGACGCUCUUUCCCAGCCAAGAUGGAAGAGAAACGGCGAAAAUACUCAAUCAGCAGUGAUAACUCAGACACCACUGACAGUCAAACAACAUCAACUUCAAAAUGCUCCAAAAUUCCAAGUACAAAAUCUAGUUGGUCAAGGCAAAAGGAGAAGAAACCCUCAGAGGUUUUUCGCACCGACUUGAUAACAGCAAUGAAGAUUCCAGAUUCUUUCCAGCUGAGCCCAGAUGAGUACUAUAUCCUUGCUGAUCCCUGGAGGCAAGAGUGGGAGAAGGGUGUUCAAGUGCCAGCAAAUACAGAAACAAUUCCAGAACCAGAGGUUAGGAUAAUACCUCUGCUAGAUCAUUCUUCAUCACAGACUUUUCCAAGGAACCUGUCCGGCUCUGAAUGUUCAGAUGCUUCCAGAACAUAUUCCCAGAGAGUAUGUCGCUAUGAUCUAGAUGAAAUUGAUGCAUGCUGGUUGGAACUUUUCAACAUGGAGCUCAAAGAAAUGGAAAAGCCAGAAAUGGAUGAAUUCACCUUGGAAAGAGUACUUGAGGAACUGGAAACUCUGUGCUCUGAGAAUAUGAAUAUUGCCAUUGAGACAGAAGAAGGCCUAGGGAUAGAGUACGAUGAGGAUGUGGUAUGUGAUGUGUGCCGUUCACCAGAAGGAGAAGAUGGCAAUGAGAUGGUUUUCUGUGACAAAUGCAAUGUCUGUGUGCAUCAGGCUUGUUAUGGAAUCCUAAAAGUUCCCCUUGGAAACUGGCUCUGUCGGACCUGUGCCCUGGGAGUUCAGCCAAAGUGUUUACUCUGCCCAAAGAGAGGGGGAGCCCUGAAACCUACCCGGAGUGGAACAAAAUGGGUUCAUGUUAGCUGUGCCUUAUGGAUUCCCGAAGUUAGCAUUGGAUGCCCUGAAAAAAUGGAACCGAUUACAAAAAUUUCACAUAUCCCAGCAAGCAGAUGGGCUCUGUCGUGCAGUCUUUGCAAGGAGUGCACUGGAACCUGUAUUCAAUGUUCCAUGCCUUCCUGCAUCACAGCCUUCCAUGUAACAUGUGCCUUUGAGCACAAUUUGGACAUGCGGACACUGUUAGCAGAAAAUGAUGAGGUAAAGUUCAAGUCGUUUUGUCUUGAGCACAGCACUGGUGCUACCAAGCCACCAGAUGAGGCACGGAUGGAGGCAGAUCAAGGUAAACUAGACAUGGAAAAGGUAACACUGAGAAAACAGAAGCUCCAGCAGUUGGAAGAGGACUUCUAUGAUCUUGUGAAACCUUCUGAAGUGGCUGAGAACCUUGAUUUGACUGAGUGGCUAGUUGAUUUUGUCUAUCAAUACUGGAAGAUGAAGAGAAAAGCCAAUUAUAACAAGCCACUGCUGAUGCCCAAGACAGACGAAGUGGAUAAUUUGGCUCAGCAAGAGCAGGAUGUAUUGUACCGUCGCUUGAAGCUCUUCACACACCUUAGACAGGAUCUUGAAAGGGUUAGAAAUCUUUGUUAUAUGGUAACAAAACGAGAGAAAAUGAAGCACUCCAUUUGCAAACUCCAGGAACAGAUUUUCCAUCUCCAGAUGAAACUUAUUGAGAAAGAUCUUUAUGCAGAACAAGCUGAGAAGAGAACAAAAGGAAGGAGAAGCGACCCAAAAAGAAAAGGAAGAGAUGAUAGAAAAAGCAGUCCUGAGAAGAAAGAAAAGAGAAAAUCAGGGAAUGAGUUAGUACUGGGACAGCUGGGCUUGUCAACUUCCUUUCCCAUUGCUGGGACCUUCUUCAAUAGCUGGUUGGCUCAAUCUGUACAGAUCACCACAGAGAACAUGGCAAUGAGUGAGUGGUCCUUGAACAACGGCCAUCGUGAAAAUACAACUCCAGGCCUUUCUGAGGAACUUUUACAAGAUGAAGAGACCUUAUUAAGUUUCAUGAUGGAUCAUUCCUUGAAGUCCCCAUUGAAACAGAGUGACACAACCAAGAAAACUAAAAGUAAAAAUCGAACACACACUAAGAAAAAAACAGCAAGAAAUGGCUUAAAUGCCCUCUUUAAAAGACAUCAAGAAGGGGAUUCAAAUAAAUGGACUAACAGCAGUUAUUUGGCAAAUAACACCACGAAAUCUUUAUCCCAUGUUUUAAGAAACAGCAAGGCAGAGAAAAGUAUGGACAAGCUACAAUCAGAACGUAAAGGGGUAUGUGAAGUGAAAAAGACAUCUAAGAAGGGCUCUUCUCAUCUAGCACUUCCUCUUCCAAAAGUAAAUGAUUCUCAAGCGUUCCCGAGUCUCAUAAAUAACCUAAACAAUGAUGAGGAUGUCAUGAAAUACAACCCAACUGAUCCUAACUCUCUGGUUCAAGUGCCUGAUUCAGUAGGUAGUCUGAAAACAGUGGUGAGGUUCAAAUUACCAAAAGAAGGCAAAGGGACUCAAAGACCACAGAACAAGACGCACGAAAUGCUUCAUGGACCUCCAGAAAAUGAAAGAUCAAAGGUUAUUUUGCAUCCUUUUGACAAUGAGACUGAUGGCUACUUUUCGGAUGCAGAAAUGAGUGACUCUGACACAGAAUCUGGAAGUGGCAGAGGGCACCACAGCCAGUUAGAUUCAGGAAAUGAGGAUAAUUUCAGAAUGAGUAUUUUAGCAUCUUAAUGCACCUCUGAGACCAGUCAUGACAGCUUUGUGAGGCCUAAAUACAGUUAACAACUGCCAUGUCCAAUUUCAACUGGUAUCAUAACAAAGGAUUUUGGUUUGUUACUUUGUUUUUAAUUUGUAUAUAUAAUUCAGAAAUGAGCACUGUUGUUUCCUCUCUCUAUACGCUUGAGAAACAGCUCCAGGCUUCACCAAUUUAGACUCCUAUACAGUCACAGUAGUUAGGCUUUGUCACAUAUAUAUCUUGGUUACAUAGAAUGCAAGCAUACACAUUAUUAAGGACAUCAGUUUUCUAGGAGCAAGCAGGACAUCUCAGGAUUUUAAUGAGGAGAUCUGAGAUUGCCAACGCCUAUUGUUCAUGCAGGGACGACAGUUUUAUGGGCAUUACUUAAGCAAAUUGAUUUCAUGAUCUGCCAGAUGUUACCGUCUCUUUCAGGGCAGGUUUCAGAAGGAGAUUACUACUAUGGAAGCCAACAUAGAACAUGGAAUAGUAAAAAUAGAUGUUCAUAGGUAUGUGUGUCUGUGCACCUGUACAUGCAUGUACACAUGUGCAGGGUUUGCCGGUGUGUAUGUCUUCGUGUGCAAGUAUGAAGUAAAAUAAGCGAUUCUUUUUUUUAAAGAAGCACAACAAGCUUAUUUGAAGAAAGCACUUAAUGGGUAGAGGAAUACAACAUUGUAUUUAUGGUCUAUUAAUCUUUUUUUUUCCUUCUUUUUCCUCACCUCUUCAGUUCAAUCAGGGUCCAUCCAGGAGGCAAGAACCAAGAUUUAACUCUUAUCACUCCAACUAUCAGCUGAGCGGCUCUAUAAAGAACCAUCCAAAGCUCUCAGUAGAUAGAAUUUACAGAUCCACGCUAAAGCUGCUCUGCUCCCUGUCAGUAUCUUUCCAGAGUAAUUUGGGGUAUUAUUUAUACUACUCAUUGGUAAAACCUAAACCUUUGAUUAUUACAGCCAUUCCCCAUAAUUUCCUCAGGUUAAAGUAGCCUAGUAUGGGCCAAACAAAGAUCAGAAGAAGAAAUGUUUCCAUUACUCAGAGGGGGAAUUAUUCAAAUAGCUUCAAAGAACUCCAGUCUGUGCUUUCAUGAUAACUCAAAAUAAAUCUCUGGCUCAUCUCUUUAGAAGCUGCUUAUGUACAGUAGCAGUCACUUGGUUGAAGAGGCAGCAUCAUUGAAACAUUUCCUUUCCCAUCUUAUUUGUUUUUAUGAACACUAAUUACAUUGAUGGCUUUUCCCCCUUAUUUCCUUUUCUUUCAAAGUAAAAACUUGUUAGUGAGCCAUCAACACAUCCUAAGAGAGUGAUUCACAGAAGUCAACAUUCUAAAUAUUUCAGUAAUACUGUACAUCAGAUGUUUCUAAUAAGCCUUAAAUGUUGUUUAAAAGCUGGUGUGACUUACGAGUCAUGUAGAUCUCCAAGUUUGCACUUCGUUACACUAUUGAUUCAAUUUUGGCUUCAAAGUUACAGUCAAGGUUUUGAGAUUUACUACAGGCUUGAUGGGAGUAGCCCCAGUGUAAGCUCAGGGAAGUAAAAUAAAAAGACAAGUGAAGUUCACUAAACAUUUUUGCUGAUGAUAGGUAACUUUGAAUAUAAAUUGUGUGUGUGUGUGUAUGUGUGUGUAUGUGAUAUACGCACACACACAUAUCCUUACAUAACGCACACUCGGACACUUUCAAACUGGGGGAGAAAAGCAUCUUGUAAUUCUGAUGAAUCUGUGAAAUUAUUUUAUGGAUGCCAAAGAAUAGCACAGCCAGAAACCAGAAAUUUAACUAUGAGCAAAAGCUGUUGAGUCACUAAAGGACUAAAUCCGUAUUCAUGACUCACUUUGCAAGCUUGCUGAAGAUGAUGCUUUUGUCAUUUGAACCACUUCCACCAUUGUGAUUUCUGAUGUUGCUUGUUCACUGCACUAAGAGCAAUAUUGUUGUUUUUUUUUGGUUUUUUUUUGUUCUCUGAUGCCAUAUACUGGCAAUCCUUUUUUCUUUUGUUUUUUUGAAAGUCACAUUAUUUUUACCAGCCUUCUGAAGUCCUUAAUACUACUCCAGUUGAGCUAUAAUUUAGAGAAAUCUCUAUUCUGGAAAGAAACCAAAAUCAGUUGCCAAAUAUACAUCAGUGUUUUACUGAUAUAAGUUCUGUUUGCAAAAUUGUUUUUCAAAUCAUUGACCGAAAUGGAACAGUUCAAUGUUAGUAGCCUAACAUGUGGAUUGGCAAGUAAAUUUUAUUCCAUCUUCAAGGCUUGGUAUGUUCAGAUAAUGUUAAAUACAGUAAAUAGGACUUAGUUUUAUCUUAUCAAGCUUGCUAGACUUUAGCUACAAUAUCCUAGUUAUGUCAUACAAAUAAUCAAUAUGCUGCCUUUAAUGGAUCUUGCUUCCGUGCGCUUUAGUUCAAAAAAUCCAGAAAUCUUGCUGUAUGCAGCUUCAUUUGCCAGCUACUGCAUUACUUGCUUGCUCACUUAAUACAAGACAGCAAAAGGAGUAAACUUUAAAGAACAACCAAACUAAAGACUGAUAUAUAGAAGGAUAGGACACUCCAUUUUUUACUGUGAAUGCUGUUGUGAAACUUUUUUUUUUUAAUGCAAAAAUAAUUACUACUUUGCCAUGGUCCAGAGUCUCCAGUGCAAUCUUAACAAUGAUAUAUAUACCGGUAGAUAAAUGUAUCACAAAAAUCUCAUUGAAAGUUGCUGACUCACAGUCUUCCUUAAAACUGAAGGGAACGAGAUAGCCUGUAUUCAUGUGGGACUUCAUAGAGUCGAAUGGAGUUUUCUAUAUGAUACACUCAUAUUACUUUAGCUAUCAUGUUUUUUGCCGAGAGCAAAUGUUUACAAGGCUACACUGGGCUUUGUUGUAUGGAGAGUAAGAACUGUAUGUGAGAAAAAGAAUAUCAAAGAUUUCACAAACUGGAACCCAUUUUUUUUCUAAUAACUUUAAUUGACCUUCCCCUCACAGGUUUGACUCCAGAGGGGCUUCUGCCAGCAAAUAAAGAGUUUUCAAUAAUUCCUCCUGCAGCUUUCCACCUCUUAUAUUGUAUAUUACUGUGUGUUUCAGGCAGGUAGCAUGAAUUGGUAAAAAUCCACAUACAAACUUCAAUUGUUUGUUAAAAAUUUAUGGGGAAGUAUGUAAGCUCUUUCUCUGAAUGACAGAACUCGAUAAUGUUGGGUUCAUGGAGGGAAUGUAUUUUUGCAAAUGAGGAAUAUGGAUUUGGAAUUUUAAAAAAAAAUAUGUUCAGACUGCAAGUAAUAUUCACAAGCGUUCACAAUGUCUCUAUAGCAAUGUUUCUAAACUUUGGCAGCUUUUAAGAGGUAUGGACUGCAAUUCGCAGAAUUCUGCGAGUUGUAGUCCAUGCCUCUUUAAAGUUGCCAAGAUAGUUACAGUGAAGUCCAGUAAGUGCCUUGGACUUGAUUUCAGUCUGUGGGAUUAAAGAAGAAGCCCUGCCAGCUGUUGUGAUGUAAUAUGGAGGAGGACACAAUUUCCGUUAGUUCAGUGGCUGCACUCAGGGGAGCUUGCUGAAGUUUGCAGUCCAAAAGUGGGCAGGGCCUCAUAUGGCAAGAGAGGGAGGCUGGGAGUUUAAAGUGUUGAUAAGGCACAGAGUUUGCUUCCAAAUCCAAGCUACCCACUCUGAAGGCCAUCAAAGGGAUGCCAGCGGGCCCAUUUUUUGUUUUUAUUUUGUUUGUGCCCCCAAUAAUAGUAUUGCCUUGUGAUGGAAUAAACACAGUGAAAUGCUCCAGAUGGUUAAAUCAAAGUCUUCUCUAGUAUUUGAGGCUUGAUAUAUCUAGCUAGCUGUCGAAGGGAGUUGCUCAUCACACAACCCAGUGUUUUGUCACGGUUAAGAUCCAGCUCUGAAUUACUUAAAAUCUGUUCUUUUGUGUUGUUUCCAGUAGUGUCUCUGUUAGCUGCUGCUCAGUUGACAGCUAUGUGCAUAUUCGUCAAAACCCUUUUAAGGAGAAUGCCAAUCUUCCUUUGCUACUUAGCACCUGCCUCUUUUCUUGUAGAAGCUAGAGAGAUUUGCAUAAAGGAAAAAGGAAUUGUAUGUGAAAAAUAUUUUUGAUGCAUUAUAAAUGUAUUUUGAAAUGAAUAGGGGGGGGGAAGCAUAAAUGGUCUAUUUUAUUACAUAAAGGUCUUUAAUCCAAUAAUGUGUGAACUUCAGGCAUUGACAUUUGCACUGUAAAGGGUGAAUCCUGUUAGCAUCAUGAUUAUGUAUUAACAUGGCUAUAGUAAAGCUCAUUUUUGUGUUCAUUAAUAAGGAUCCAACAUUGUUUUUGAAAUCUUAGAUUUAAAUGGAAUGUCUUAAGAGUCCAGUUUUGGGAAAUGCUCAAAUACACUCAAAUUUCCCCUUCAAUUUUUGGAAACAGACCUUUUGUGGUGUAUUUUGAAUCUUUUGUUGAUAGUUAUUUUGUCUGCAUUUUUUAAAAAUAAAGGUUUGGCAGUGCUUUUCCUCAAAAGCACAGUGAAGAAUUAGCCAUUUCUCUCCAAUGUGGGGGGGAAAGGGUACAAUUCAUUCCUGCCUGUUCUUGCAACCUGGCACAAGGCUCCAUUUCCUAUUACUAGCUGGGUGUGGCAAUUUGGUUGUUCUUUAAGGGAUCUCUUGCACACUUUGGUCCAUUCCACACUGACACAAUACAGGCCCACUCUGUAUCAGUUACAGGAAACAAUAUGAAUGUCACAGGAGGCAAAGGCCACCUGUUUUCUUUGUUUCAAAGAAAGUGAUGUGCCAUUUGUUAAUAUAAAAGAGAAAUAUUGAAAAUAUAUUGAAAAGAGCAAUUUUAAAUUAUUUUGGCUUAUGUUGCAAUAUUUAUUUUCUUGUAUUAGAAAUUCCUUUGUAGAGAAAAAAAUGUAUUUUUCAUUAAUGCAAAACCUAUUUCUCCUUUUUGUACAUUUUUCAUGUUAGUUAAUCCUUAAAGCAAUAUAAUGUAUCAAGGUUGUUCUGUGUGAAAGCUGUAUUAUGCAUGCUGUUUGUGUUGCCUUGGAAUAGGUCUGUCUGCCAUAAUUUUCAUCAUGUUUCGAUUUAGUGUAUGCUUUAAUACACAUUGGGACCAUGGCCCAUUUGCUUAUGCAAAAAGAAAUACCUUUGCAUUCUUCAAUGUGUUAGCAAAUGCAGUCAAUAAAGAUGUGUUUUCUGUGUACCUUGA